UGUGCGGGCGUGUCCUCUCCUUCACCUUCCCCCUACGCCUCUUUCUUCCUACUUCCGGUGUGCAGGAAGGAAGGUGCGGGGGAGCUGGUCUGCGGGUUGUGGCUCUGUGUUCAGGUAUCGCUCUACUCCUCAACAUUGCCAGAAAUGAUGGUAUCUAAGCAGGCCUUCAUGUUCAGCUUGGGCUCCCUCUAUCUCUCUCUUCUAUUUGUGUUCCUUCUCAUGGAUGUUUAUGCCAGGCCUGCAAACAAUUCAUCCUUAAAGGAGAAACCCCUGGACAACAAAAACGAGAAUGAGAUACUGCCCCCAGAUCACCUGAACGGGGUGAAGUUGGAAAUGGAUGGCCAUUUGAAC